AAUUAAUUUGCUUAAUAAAUAAUAAUUGUUUUAAGUGGCCACGUAUAAAAUGUGUAUUAGCGCUAACUAUUGUUCCUUUAUUUUAAACAACUUGACUAAAAUCGAAUGAAAACUACAACAUUAUUUAUACUUGGUAUCCUUUAGUUAUUUCACACAUAAUUAAAUAAUAACAAUGGAUUUUUUGAAUACUAAUACUGGACAAAGUAACUUCAAUAAUCCAAAUGGUGGUCAUACUGCAAUUUUUAUCGAUGACCGACCAAUGAAUAAUGUUGAAGGACGAAUGACUGUGUCUGGAUCACUAAUGCAAAAUAUUGGUGAACCUGGAUUCAAUACAUUAGAUGAACCCAUUAAAACUACUAUUAUGAGAGACUUAAAAGCAGUUGGAAUGAAAUUUAAACAUGUCUUGUAUUUAAAAGAAAAAAAUACACUUCUUAAAGAAUGGGACUUGUGGGGCCCUUUGAUGCUUUGCACAUUCAUGGCUAUGGUUCUACAAGGAUCACCAGAUUCCAGACAAAUUGGUGAUGGAGGUCCUGAGUUUGCUGAAGUUUUCGUUAUUAUUUGGAUAGGGUCUGUGAUUAUUACAUUAAAUUCAAAAUUACUAGGGGGCACAAUAUCGUUUUUCCAGAGUGUAUGUGUUUUAGGUUACUGUCUGUUACCAAUUGUUAUAGCCUUGAUAGUAUGCAGAUUUAUUUUAAUAUUUGAGCAAACUAAUUUCUUAUUUUUUAUUCGAUUUGCCAUAUCAAUUGGUUCAUUUUUAUGGGCCACAUAUGCUUCUGUUGUAUUCCUUGGAGAUAGUCAACCACAAGGGAAAAAAGCUCUAGCUGUAUAUCCAAUAUUUUUGUUUUAUUUUAUCAUGUCAUGGCUUGUUUUAUCACACACAGUAUAGCGUUGUUGAUCAAAAUUAUAUUUUGAGAAGUUACGUGAUUUUGUUUAUGACUUGUAAUUAUAUAAACUAUAUUAAAAUAUUAACUAUUAAGUAAUUAUUUGGUGCUUGAUGCCUCAAUGUAAAACACCUCGUCAUGUGUAUAAAAAUACUAUAUUAUUGAAAAAAUUUUCUGAAUUGUGUCUGUGCAA